AUGAGAUUCAAAACCAGAGAACUUGAACUAUCCAAGGCCCUUGACGAGGUCUUCCUGCGAUUGUUCCUCAUAGGCCUCCGUGUCUUUGAGAUUGUUGUCUCCAUACCUCUUAUCGGGUUUGUGGCAGCCAUAAUUAGCGAUUUCUCUAAAGCAGAGAUCGACUACCCUGCAAAGGCCGUUGCGGCCAUCUCGAUAUCCUGCGUUUGCACCGUCUACGCAGCUAUCACCAUCUUACCUAUUUUCUUUGAAGGUCCCAUGUUCUUCACCAUGAUGGCAAUCCUAGACGCGUUGUUUGUAGCUGCCUGGAGCAGCUUGAUUGGGGUCUGGGAUCGUGAUGGGACUGGAAUCUGCCAUGCUUUUGAGUCCAAAUACUUCGGCACUCGGCCCUGGAAGUCAUAUUUCUCAACAGACUGCAAGCUGGUGAAAGUUAUGUUUGCCUUUAUGAUUAUCAACCUGGUCGCAUUUGUCACAUCUGCUAUUAUUUCAUUUUGCCUGCGCAUGAUUGAGCUUGACCAUAUAAUGAGCUGGAGAAGUCUUCCUCUGAUGAACAGAUUCGAAAACAAAGAACAGCGACGGCAUUGCUCCUGCUGCAAUCAUGACCAGUAUCAUCCGUCGCCGCCGUCAAGUGUGAGCGGCGAACCAUUGAGGGCCUCGGUAUAUUCGUAG